UUAAUUUGCUAUAUGCAAUAACACCUUAUCGAUGCGUGCUUUAUAAGUGUGUAUAAUAUUCUUCAAGUUAAAUGGUUCAAAUAGAAAACGACCAUGGCUAGUCUGGCACAAGAGGAGUACGAAUUGAUGAAAGACUCCAAAUACAGGGUCUAUGUAACUGCAGUGGAUAAAGUUCUUAAGAAUUUCGAAUAUACAAGUGAAUGGGCGGAUUUGAUAUCAGCACUGGGGAAAUUGAAUAAGGUCCUGGUGACCCACACAAAGUUUCCGGUGAUCCCCCGCCGAAUAACGAUAAGCAAACGGCUUGCGCAAUGCAUGCAUCCGGCCCUGCCUUCCGGCGUCCACUUAAAAGCGCUGGAGACCUACGAUGCCAUAUUCAAAUGCAUGGGGACGAAUCGUCUGGCCCACGAACUGUUCAUCUACAGUGCCGGACUGUUUCCUUUAUUGGGACACGCGGCCAUGAACGUCAGGCUGUUGCUGUUGACGGUCUACGAGACGCAUUUCGUGCCCUUGGGAGAGAGACUGAGGCCGGCCCUGUCGGGGUUCCUUAGCGGGGUGCUGCCAGGGCUGGAGUCGGGCAGCGAUCAUUAUGAAAGUACAAAUGGCUUGCUGGAGAAGGUUUGCGAUGGUGUGGGCUCCCUGCACUUCUACAGUUGUCUCUGGGAAAUUUUAUCGUGCAACAGUGCAACCAGGUUACCAGCAAUAUCUUUUGUUCUGGAUCAUUUCAACCGUAAAGUCACCAUGAGUGAUCAGAUGCACCUCAUUGGCAAGGAUAGCAACAUCAUGGUGACUGGUUUGUGUGCAUGUAUGUGCGACCAGAGUGUUUUAGUACAAAGAAGUGCCCUCGAAUUACUACUCGUUGGACUUCCUUUACAUCUGCCUUUGUUAGAAAAAGAUGACCUGGUUCGACUCAUCGUGGCUGGUCUUUCCACUUUAUUGAGAAGGGAUAUGUCAUUGAACAGGCGUCUCUAUUCCUGGUUACUAGGCUCCGAAGUGAACCUAAACGAAGUGACAAUAGUGGAACAGGAUGAAAAUUCUAAUCCUUAUUUCGAAAACUAUUCUCGUGAUUUAUUAGUACAAGCCAUAAGAGUAACAUUAUCAAAUAGUGCUUCAGAGCCCAAACCCGAUUUGAAACCUUAUCGGUUACUCAUGUCACUUCUGGACAAAUCAGAAAUCGGUCCAGUGAUCCUGGAUGAUAUUUUAUUGGAUUUAUUCAGAACUUUGUAUAAAUCUUGUAAAGGCAACAAGUGUUGUGAUGAAGUUUUGAAGUCGUCGAAUAUGCUGUUGAGUUCCUUAGAACCGUUUUAUAUCUGGGACUAUGCAAGGUCACUUUUUGCCAAAUGUUGCCAAACAAAAUCCUUGGAUACGACUGUAACACAGAAUGGUGAUAGCUGUGAGGUCCGGACUGAUAUUUUGGAGUUGUGCAUGCUUUUAGAAUAUCUCUUAGACACCUUGCCUUUGGAGACUUAUGUCGAUACAAUAAGUGAACAUUUGCCAAAACUAUUUGUUAAGUUGAGUGAACUUCUAAUCAAACAUCUAGAUCAACUAUCGAUCGAAGAAAUAUUUGCUUCACUAAGUCUUUGUACCAAAAUCGUUGCACGUAUACAAACUAUGGUCGUAACAACGCCGACACCUUUAGAUUUAGAUGAAGUAUCAAACAGGUUGUCCACAAGUAUGCACGAGAUAAAUUUAGAACACAGUCCUAACGAAACACAAGAAUUGGUGUUGGAAAAAAGUAAAUCCGAUUCCAAAUUAAAUAAUUCGAUAGACUCAAGUUCCACGGACCAAUCACCUAAAAAGAGUAGUCCCAGGAAAUUGUUCAAGAAGAAAAAACAGUCGAACAAAAUGAAAAGUUUGGAUAGUUUAAACACAACUAUUUCUUCAAACGAUGAUGUUGCCACUGGUGAAGAUAAAACGAGUCCUGCAAAGGAUAUUUUAAGGAGUUUUGUGAGUUUGGAUACGACAAAACCAGCUGAGAAACAAAGUUUGUUGGAGAAGUGUAUAAGUUCAUAUCAGGAUUUGUUUGUUAAUUUUAUAGCACUACGGGUUCUCAACUUUUCGAGCAAGACGAGGAGGACGAAAGUGAAUGAGCUUUUUGAAGUUCUACUGAACGAUGGUAACAAAAUAUACGACGCCGACAUCAGCGUGAAGACUCUCGAAAAAAUCCUAAGCAACUCUUCAGACCUUUCGAGAGCGACUCAGUCGUCCAGGCAGAAUGUUGACAACAACCUCACAGCCAGUUUAAAAUUUGUCCAGACCAAGAACGACCAGAAACUAAUAGACACCAUCAAACUCUCCUGCAGACUCCUGGUCGAACUAUCAUCUUUUCCCACGUAUAGCCAGAGCGACAACAACCAACGGGACAGGUACCAGGAUACACAAUCUCAGAGUCAUUUACCAGGAGACAGACAGUUGUCGGAGUGGUUAAAAGUGUUGUCUUUGUGUGCAUGUUUGUUUAAAACGGAACCAGAAGUGCAACUAUGUGCUAUUUCCACAUUAUUAGACUUGACCAGUUUGCUAAAGACACAAUUGGAGAGCAGAGAGUCCAGUGUUGGAGUCACUGCUGUAGUUGUAAUACCGCUGAUGAGGAGAUGGCAUAUCGAAUAUUUGGAGAAGAAUACCAAAGUGUUUCAGAUACUUGCUUUCACCUUAUGGAACCACCUCAGUCAACCACCAAACUUGGACACAGACAGCAAAUUAAACAGCCAUGCAUCAUCGCCUGAUUACGAUACCUCUGGUAUUGAUUCCAGACAUAACUCUGUGAAUUCUAGAGAUUAUUCCAAAUAUCAAAUAUCAGACAGUCUUGAUAGUGUAUGCAAUUCGGAUAAAAACAGUAGAAUGUUACUGAGUGCUCAAUUGUUGCAUCAGUUACACGAUUGUGUCUCUCCUGGUAAUUCACCAGCAGAGAGAGUGAUUGGUGAAAGUAUGGGGCCUGAUAGGAAUAAUGGGCAACGAUUGGAGAGUUUUCAAAGGUUUGCUACUUUAUGGCAUCUCGGCAGAUGCACCUCGGGCUCUGGUUCUGGUGCAGGGAAGCCUAUGAGGACAUUUGACAAAGCUCUUUUAAAAAUGCUGGACAAUCUACAGCUCCCUGAAAGUUCAUCACUCAAACUCUACUCCGCCAGUUGGGUAACACAAUCACUCCUCCGUGGAGACCUCCACCGACUACUAGACCCUAUUCUAUUCAUCCUUCUCGAUCCCCUGACAUCUCGCAUGUCUAUCCUGCACGUCAGCAUCAGACACAGCAACACCAGACUUACCAACAAAGCUGAUUCCGAAUACGGAGAACAAGCUGAUACAAAUGCCAAUGAUUCGAAAGCCAAUUCUAAGGUCUAUGCCAUCAGUUCGGUCGAUGGCAAUGUCAUUUACCAUGUGUCAGACGAUUGUGACAAAGGCAAAAAUGGUGGUAAGAGUUUUACCAAGAAGAUUAUGAGUCCUUUGAUGAGGAACAAUAAGUUUUAUUCGUUGAAAGAUAGAGGGGUUAAGAAAGGGAAUGUUAUUGGUAAGCAUUAUACGGUUAAUGAUGUUCCUGAGAACGGCUUAGCGGUGUCUCCAACACAAAUUUGCUUGUUUGUAAAUCCAUUCUCGACAAGUGAUUCGUGCAGCGACAGCAACUUAGAAAGUUACACACAAGAUGAUACUAAGACUAAAAUAACAAACACCAGCACGGAUCAAACUUCCAGCGAGAGCACCAGUUUUGCUGAUGAAUUUUAUGAUGCGUUUCCUUCACAACAAGAUGAAGUCAUCGAGUCUUUGUAUCGAUCCAAGUCUGUGUCGGGAACAUCAUCAGGACGCUCCACAGAAAUCGUGGGUAUGACCACAUCCAAAUCAGCAGAAGACGUUUCCGAAAAACCUAAAACAACAGCUUCAAAGUUAACUGAUAUCCUAAACCCUGCUAACUUAAGUGAUGGUUUAAUCGAGCAUUUAGAAAGCACCAUGAAUGAAAUCAAGGAUGGUGCACCGGAUAUCUGCGAUGCUCCUGUACCUGCCGAUGAAUAUUUUGAACCGCCACAAGAAAAAGUCGGACGUAAAAAGAGGAAGUCUCAUAGGUGCUACGAUAAUGGUUAUUUAGCCAAAGGUGUACACCAGUUGCAUUCGCAUAUGCUUUUAUACAGUGAAGUUUAUGAUUCCAACCGCACCAUAUAUGCUUUACAAACUUUGCGCAAUGAAAUUUUAACGAAUCCAAGAGUUUUCUUGUGUUCUGCAGCAACUACAGGGAUUUCUAACGUUCCCAAAGGUGCACAUUUGUUGACACUUUUGGCCAGGCACAAGAAAAGUAUUUACGGUCAUGGUUUUUAUGGACCGAUAGCUAAUACUGAAUAUAUAUAUUCAUACAGAAAUUGUAUGUACCUAGAGAUUUUAAUCACGGUGUCUUUACAUUUUGCAAGAAGCUACUACCCGAAUUUGGGUAACGUCAAGUUGACCCCGGAGGAACUUUGUGGUAACCAGAAAGUACAACUAGCCAGCGCUGAGUUGUUGAUGUUGAUUUGCACACAACUCAUCACGUUUGUUAAAGAAAAUGGUAAAGGUUUUGCUUCUUACAUCGGAGACUUGUUAAACAAAUGCAAAGUGCACAAAAUCGUACUUCACUGUGUUAUAUCAUCCGUGUACUUUAUGAAAAUGCUUAAUGAUGGCGAGACCGAUAUAACAUUCACCGAGGAAAUAAUGUCUUUUAACGAUCCAGACUUUGAUGACUCCACAAUAAAAUCUAAAAUAUCAAAUCACACUGAAAGUUUUCAAAUACAACUUUUACACUUGUUGCAAGCAUUGAUUGUUUUAGAGUACGAAGUGAAUGCUCAAAAAACAGAAGACGUUGUCUUAAAUGUAGCACCUGGUGUCGUCGAAAAAGAGUCACCAAUAAGUGUCGUUAAAAUGACAUCAUUAAAAUACAACCCGAGUAGACCAAUAACACAACAACCAAUAUUCUUAGCCUCUAUACUUUUAGCUUUACAAAUGGAUUGCAUAAGGCAUCUGCACCAACAUUGGACAUCAUUGCUAUCCUCGUCAUUACCAUAUAUAACCACAAACUUUAAAAAAAUUGUCAUUAGUGUUAUUCACCAAUUGUGUUCAAACUUAGAGAAAGUUUCAGUGCACUACGAUGGAAUCAGCGAUGGAAAUAUUCUACCACCUGAUUAUACGAUAACCCAACUGGAAGCCUUGACUGUUUUGUGUCACUAUUGUCUUCUGGACAGCAGUCAGCAGACUUUGCACGUUUUUAAUCAGACCUACAAUCAUGGUGGAUCUGGUGUUACGAAUAGCAAUCCGGGACAGAUUUUUAAUAACCUGAUACAUGUGUUUAUGCCGACGCCUUUGCAGCAACAGGACGGGUCUGGACAAGGAAAGGGCAGUCAGCAUGAGAUUCAUAUGGCGGCUCGUCAAACAGUUCUUUCCCAUAUGCCACGAAUAAUGGCAGCAGUUGCACGUUUGUGGGAAGGAGUGACAUCAUCGUCGACGUCCAAAUUGAUUUCGCCACGUGGGGAAGUAGGUGUGGUGAAGCAGCAGUUGCUGGAACUGCUGAGUCCAAUUUCUCUGCAUCACGGUGUCAAUUUUUUGGCUGCUGUCGCAGUAGCUUGGCUCGAAAGGAAGACUCCUGAGGAUAGGAGCAACUGUUUGAAGAACCAAGGAGCAAAAUCGGUGUUGCCAACUGCUAACACGAGUCAGCGUGUCCUGGUCUAUCUGGUAUCAGAGUUAAGAGUUAUGCCAAUGGAUGUGCUGGUCAGAACAGUUCACCAAGUUGUCAAAUCGCCUCCACAAGUUGUCCAUGACGGAAACAUGGGCAAAGGACCAGAACAGAGUUUGGAUGUGGGAGUUUUGGAACUGUUCUACUGGUACAUGCAGAGUGCAUCUCCAUCCCAGUUAUCAGACAUCUGGCCCUCUCUUUUGGGUCUUUUACGAGAAGGGGUCCAAGCCCCACUUUGUCCAGCAGCCCAAUUCCUACUUUUAGCAGCUUUGAACGAAUUUGCACAAAAAUGUGCACAACUGCAAGACAAACGCGAUCAGAGAGACUUACAUGACAUCACUGCCAAGUUGGUCGAAUCAGUAUCCCAAGUUGCUGGAGGUUGUCUGCAGCAGACGACUUGGCUUAGAAGAAAUUUGGCUGUGAAGCAAGAGGAGGAUUUGAAGAGUUCGAUAAGCAGUGAGAGCAGCCAGGGUGGUAGUAAUGGACAGUCGAUUGAUUCAGAAAGUGGACGGAUACAGAGUUCAUCACAAGCUCAGAGCGUACAAGCACAAUUGGUAAAGUACCAAUAUACAAGAAAAGCCUGGCGAAAGGAUGCCUUCGACCUUUUACUAGACCCAAGUCUGUUUCAAAUGGAAAAGUGCUGCCUUAAACACUGGAGGACCAUUAUUGAUAAUUUAAUGACGCACGAUAAUACUACAUUCCGAGAUUUUAUGAAUAGAGUAUCGAUGCCCCAAAGUGGUAGCCCUCAGUAUUUUUCAUCCCGGGAACAAGAAUAUGAACAACGAGCACUGCUUUUACGAAGACUGGCUUUUGUCAUAUUUCUUUACAUUUGCGAUUGUGAUUUAUCUUUUAUUCCAGAACAAAUGGCUAAUAGUCUGCGUUUAGCCCAAGCCGUACCCGCAAUCCAAGCCAAUGUAUUUUUAUGCUUCCGAGUAAUUUUACUUCGAAUGAGUCCACAAAAUGUUACUUCGUUAUGGCCAACUAUAAUCUCAGAGCUUGUACAAGUUUUACUUCAAAUCGAACAAGAACUAGUUACUAACACUGAAGAAUUCAGUUUUUUUUCUGUACCAAUUAGCAACCAUAUAAAAUUACUAUCAGCUCUGGACAACUCGUGGGUGACGAAUGCCAACAAUGGUCUAUCGGCACAUGGCAAUCCACAAUGGUUGCAGUUGCAAUUGGCAGCUGCUAAAUUAUUGGAUUUGGCAUUGGUUUUGCCUGCGAAGGAGUUGCCGCAAUUUCAAAUGUACCGUUGGGCCUUCGUGAGUGAUGUGGAUCUAUCCCACAUGGAUCGUUCCACAUCAUCAUGUGUCUUUGUGCCACACGUUUGCAGAUUGGCUCGUUUAAUGGACGUCUGUUAUAAGGACCAGAGAAAUAUUCCACCAGACACACCAGUAAGACCAGGUGAACUUCUUCUAACAGUGCAAUCGAUUAAGUCUUUGAGGGAUUUGCACCAGUUUUUCAAAACUUUGAGUCACACGUGGAGCACCCAUGCUGCCAUGAACGUUGUUGUGGAGCAGGAACAGACGAGAACUUUCUCAACGAGUUCUGUGUUUUCAAGAAAUGAUAUGAAGAGUGAUGGAUUGUCGGAGAGUUUGAGAGAUAAAUUGGAAUCGGUGUUAGAAGAUGAUUUUAUUGAUAAGAUGCCAGACUGAUGAAAUAAAUAAAUAGGUAAAGUUUUAUUCCUUCGAUGAAGAUUUCAAAAACAAUUGAAAUCCUUCUUGUAUAUGUGUAUAUAAAUAUAUAUAUAUUUAAUUAUUACAAAUUUAACAAACAAAAUGUAUAGGAUUUGCAUAAAACCCGUGUGAUAUAACACUUGUGAUGUUAAUGUUUGUAUAUGUUAAUGUUAUUAUUAUUAUUAUUAUGUAAUUGUAUAGAAGAAAAUGAUAUUUUAAUAUAUUUUUAUUUAUA